UGCCCCUCUUUAUUUUGGUGCAAGUGUUCGCAGCCCGAUGGUCACAGAGGAACGAUCAUCUUUUCUGAUCGCGUCGUUUUGCUUCCAAUUUCCUUGUCGCGCAUUACAUCCUUCUAGCGUCAAUCCGUGCUGAGUAUUGGUACCAUUCGAACAAGGCCUCCACAUCGACUGCACUAUUCACUCUACGACCCGACGAAACAUACAGGACAAUAUGACCCCCGAAGAGUCGAUCGCCCUCAUCAAGGCCAACCUGGCCGAGGUGCUCAACCCAGAGAUCAUUGACGAUGUGAUUCUCAACCAGAAGAGACCCCUCAAGGUCUACUGGGGAACUGCGACGACCGGCAAGCCGCACUGCGGCUACUUUGUGCCCAUCAUGAAGAUUGCCGAGCUGCUCGCCGCGGGCUGCAGCGUCAAGAUUCUGCUCGCCGAUCUCCACGCCUACCUCGACAACAUGAAGGCUCCCCUCGAGCUGAUCGAGCAGCGCGUCCUGUACUACGAGCGCAUCAUCAAGAGUCUCCUCAAGGCUGUCAACGUCGACCUCUCGAAGCUCGAGUUCGUCAAGGGCAGCUCCUACCAGAAGAGCGAGGCAUACACAAUGGACCGUUUCAAGCUCGAGGGCAGCACACGGAUAUCCGUCGCGCAGAAGGCUGGUGCCGAGGUCGUCAAGCAGACCGCCGACCCCUUCCUGGGAGGCCUCUGCUACCCUCUCAUGCAGGCUUUGGACGAGGAGUACCUCGAUGUCGAUGCCCAGUUCGGUGGCGUGGACCAGCGCAAGAUCUUCACCUUUGCGCUUGAGAACCUGCCCAAGAUCGGCUACAAGGUUCGCGCGCAUCUGAUGAACUCCAUGGUACCCGGCCUGGGCGAGGCGCAGAAGAUGAGCUCCAGUGAGCCCGACUCCAAGAUCGACCUGCUCGACUCCCCCGAGAUUGUCGCCAAGAAGCUCAAGAAGGCUGUUUGUGUGCCCAAGAAGACGGAGGGCAACGGUGUCAUUGCUUUCGUCGAGCACGUCCUCAUCAGGGCGCUGGCACUCAAGAACGGAGGCAAGGCCACCUUUACCGUCGAGAGACGGGAUGAGGAGCCCAUUGUCUACGACGACAUUGCUAAGUUGAAGAGCGACUACGAAGCCGACAUUAUCACUCCACAGAGCCUGAAGCCAGCCGUUACAAAGGUGCUUAACGAGCUGCUAGAGCCUAUCCGCGCGGAGUACGAGGCGUCUGACGACUGGAAGAGGAUAUCCGAGCUCGCCUACCCUCCGGAAGUCAAGGAAGCCAAGGUCAAGAAGCAGAAGGACAAGGGCGACCCCGCUAAGCGAGAGGCCGCGCUAGCUGCCAAAGCAGCGGCGCUGACCGUUAAGGAGGCUGAGGAGGCCAAGUAAAAUAUGCCGAAAUGGAAAUACCCUUUUGAGUGACGCCUUGAUCCUGAUUCUUGCUGCAUUUCCAGUUCGCUGGGAACUGUGUAUGGGUGGAGCUGUUUGCGCAUCGUUCCGAACGACAUUGACUGGCUUGCAACGUCCAAAAAGAUCCGAUCUAAAAGCGGGCUUGGUGUCCCAAUUUCCUAUUGAUGAUCAUGCAUCGCACGAGAUCGAUUUAUGAUAUGGUGCGAG